CGGCGGACGAGCGGCGCGGAGCGGGGAGCCGGGAGCCUGAGCCCCGGGGCUGCGGCCGCCCUCCCCUCCGUCCCUCCUGCGGGCUGCCAGGUUGGAAAUAAAGACAAGGAGAUACUUCCUCAUACAACAUGCAGUUAAGCUGUGGAACUCCUGGAUGCAGAACAUCAUGGCUACAAAAUUCUAUAUGUAUUCAAGGGAAGACUGUCAAACUGUGGAAGAGAAAUUAACUAACGUUUCUUUAAACUACAGAAAUUUCUUCUGCUCUAAAGUUCACCAGAAAAAAAUAAAAUAAAAUGGAGCACAUGUUACUGCUGUUCAUAUUUUUCAUACCUAUAUUGGGUCUCAGUAAUGGAACAGAAACUGAACAAGAUUUUACUUGGCAUUUAAAGAAGAUUCCCCAGAUUGUGAGAGAAAGAACAUUCUCCCUUGACAGCCCUAAAUUUGAAGCAAAAGCCAAAUUAGAGCUGAAUAGUGUAUGUGGAAUUGAAUGUCAAAGAAAACUGCCAGUGCCAAGCUUGUCUGACUUGAAAAGCCUCUUAUCCUAUGAGACUGUUUUUGAAAAUGGCACACGGACCCUGACUGAAGUGAAUGUCCUCGGAGCAGUGCUUGACCCAGCUGCGAACACAACCACACGAAGGCCUCUGAGAAAGAAGAGGCAGAUAUAUGGAACAGACAGUAGGUUCAGCAUCUAUGACAAGAGGUUUAUGACCAACUUUCCGUUCAACACAGCUGUGAAGAUCUCCACGGGCUGCAGUGGCAUUCUGGUUUCCCCCAAGCACGUGCUAACAGCAGCCCACUGUCUGCACAACGGCAAGGAUUAUGUUAAGGGCAGCAAAAGGCUGAGGGUGGGCCUGAUGAAGACAAAAUCCAGAGGCAGCGGCAGGAAACGCAAAGACGCUAAAAGAAGUAGGAGAGACAUUUCUGCAGCCAAAGAGGAUUCCAAAGCUGCCACAGAAUUAAGGCGACAAUCCAAAGGUGAUGAGAGAAAGCAGAGGAGAUCUGGGAGGAGGCAAAGGACCUCAGAUGGCACGCCCUCCUUCCAGUGGACACGGGUGAAGAGUACGCACAUCCCGAAAGGCUGGUUUAAGGGUGUCUCUGGGGAUAUUGCCCUGGAUUAUGAUUAUGCUGUUCUUGAGCUCAAGCGUCCCCACAAAAGGAAAUACAUGGAGCUGGGAAUCAGCCCAACAAUCAAAAUGAUGCCUGGGAGCAUGAUCCACUUCUCAGGUUUUGACAAUGAUCGGUCUGGGCAGCUGGUCUAUAGAUUUUGUAGCAUUUCUGAUGAGUCCAAUGAUCUGUUUUAUCAGUACUGUGAUGCUGAGCCUGGCUCCACAGGAUCUGGCAUCUAUCUCCGUCUGAAGGAGCCAAACAAAAAGAAGUGGAAACGCAAGAUCAUCGCUGUUUACUCAGGCCAUCAGUGGGUGGACAUCAAUGGUGAACAGCAGGAUUACAAUGUAGCAGUACGAAUUACUCCUCUCAAAUAUGCCCAGAUUUGCUUCUGGAUACAUGGUAAUGAUGAGAAUUGCACACAAGGCUGAAGAGAGCCAAGCCUCACUAGCUUAGCACCCGCACCGCCGUAGAGUGAAAGACAACAGAGACUGGAAGAACAUCACUCCACACCAGAAUGUUUUUGAACUCUGAGCUCGCAAGUAGUGCUAUGGUGACUUAAGGAAUACUGAAUUGCUAGGGGAGGGGUAGAAUUGUCGGACAAAAUAUUUCUAAUUGUAAUCGACCUAGAUACGCACUUAAAAUCCCAAACUAUAUUUAUGUUUGCAGUUGUGAUAAAUCCAAGUCAUUAAUGAGAAAAAACAUGGCUGCACCUAUUUGUAAUAUUUUUUUCCAGGGGAAGGGUUGAAACAUCUCAAACUGGUGUUACUAAACAACAUCUAUUUUUUUUCCAAUGGAAUUGCUUUUCUCAGGGUUCUGUUCCAAUUCCUCAAAUGCAAGCUGUGCAUAUAGCAUGUCACUGUAUGUGCAGAAUGAUCCAGAGAACUGCAUGAGAACAAGACAUUAUUCUGGCAUUCUCUAAAGACCACAGGUCCAUGUUGAGAAGCAGCACUAUAGCUAAUAAUUGAUAGCUUGGAGAACUGCCUCUUCUGGUUGCUGCAGGAACGCUCCCAUGGAAAUUCCAAAUUUAUGUAGUUGGGGGUUACACCUUCAAGACAAAUUCACUUCAUUGCUCAGUGAAAACAGCAAAAAAAUAUAUUAAUGAACAAAUUUUCCAUGUUUGGAAGAAGACACAUCUGGACAUGGCUUAAUGCCUUUAAACAUUCUUUGAGAAGCUAUAGAAAUCUUAAACACACGUGUUUGCCUUCCAAUUAAUAUUUGGAGAGCUGUAGGUUUAGUUUCUAGUCAAAUGUUUAGCUUUACCAUUGGGGGAAGUCACUGACUCCUGAAGUGGCUACUUGACAAUCAUUUGGAGCUUCACAGAUGAUUUAUUUUUUGGGUGCUAUACAUUUCUUCAGUUUUUAUAAAUUACUUUUAUAUUAGUUCAGUUUCAUAGAUAGGAUAGUAUGUAUUAGACUGGGAGUUGGAAAUCAUUAUUUUAGUUUGGCUUUACAGUUUUGCAAAGUGUGUGGUUUUAAUCGUGUUAUAUUCAGACUCCACCUCAACAUGAUUCACAAGUUUAACUAAAAAUUUCUCCCAACUAAAUUAUAGCACCUUCUGAAUGGUAGAACUAUCCUGUGCAUUAUAAAAGGUAUCUUGUUAGAUAGCAGCAGUAGUUAGCAAAUAAUUUGGUUCAAUAUGUUUGCAGAACCACAUAUUUAAUGAAGACACAAACUGAGCUUGACUUUUACACAUCUUUAAACACAAACCACCUUCUUAAAAACUGUUGUUGAUUGCUAUGUAAGUCUAUAUAUUUUAUUUUAUGUCAAGAUUUUGAAGUACACAGAAUUGUUAUGGUGCUAUGUUAAUCUAAUAACAUAAAAAGAUACUGUGCCUUUCUGAUCAUAUCCUUUGGGUUUCAAUACUUUCAGAGUAUUCACCACCAUAAUAUUUAAUUUUUUUUUUUUUACCAUAAAUUUAUGCUGACCAAAAUGCAUUUUCUUCCUGUGCAGGAGAAAAAAAAUAUAACAAGAUUUUAAAAUAUUAUUUGUUUGUUGGAAUCUUUAAAUCAUGCUUGUAAUGUCUUCUGGGGAAAUAAGAUGAUUUUAACCCAUUUUUUUGGUAGAUGGCUGAAAGUAUAUAACCUGACACACUGAAUGUGCAGGCAGCUCUGUCCUACUAUUGCCAAAGCAUAAAAAUUUAAGACUUGCUUCCAUAUCAUAACCCUAACAAUUUUUAAUUAAUUGGAAGAGAUCUCGCUUUAAAGGAAACUAUUUCUUUUGAUGUCAACUUUUCCAGGGAACACUCAACUUUUCUUCCUUUAUUAUGUUUUGUUUUUAUUUUGUGUGAUUGUUUGCAGAAAACUAAUAAUAAUUUUUAAAGUUUAGAAAUAAAUCUCUAAGACUUUAGGGUCAAUUAUUUUUUAUUGUUGUUAACAUCUCUAUUAACACGUGUGGCUUUGCUGACAGUAAUUUUAAAUCACCUCAGUCCGGUAUUUAAUGCUCUCGCUCUAUGCAAGAGAUUUAUAGUAUUCUUUAGUCAGGUCUGUAAUGUUUUUCUUAAAUGCCUUUUUCCAUAGUAACUGUGACAAAUAAGGUGCUACAUCAUUAAUCUAAUACAAGACAACCCAGGUCCAUAGAUUUUUUUACAAUUAUUGUCAUUGUUGAUUUGGGUCCAAAACUGGUCAAGAUAAGGGGGCUUAGUAAAUUCCUUAUUAUUUUGAGUCUUAUUUAGGUGUGCGCCUCAGAAGAAGAAAUAAAAUCUAUUUCUUUAUCCCUUUGGGAAUUGGGAGCAAGGUAAGAAUAAAAAAUGUUUGAUGUCAGCUUCCAAAUUGUCUUGUUAUAGCUACCUGAAGUUCCCAUACCAGGCUGAUAAAAACUCUUUCUUUUCAGAGAAUCAAUACUAGAUGCUCAGUGCUUCAUUCUGUGGUACUAAGAGAUUAAAAAAGGUUGGCCAGAGCGACAUAAAUAUUAAUUUAAAACAAACAAACCAACCUCUGUGUCUCAGUGCCCAUGCACAAACACAUGCAAAUAUACGGGCUUGGAGAACAUGUUGUUUUGAUGGAGUUUUGGUGUUGUCAGCAUCUUCAGGCCAGGGAAUGCAGGUAGAAGACAACACAGACAAAAUGUUUCUCCUGUUGUCUCAGCAUGCUAGGCAACAUUUUGGUUUUCCACUUGGCCCAAUAGAGAAAAAAAUGCUUUAUGUAGGCAAUUGUGACUACCUACUACAGGUACUUCUGGAACAGUUCAUAAAUCAAGUUCUUGCACACAAUCCCAGGAAUUUCAUGUCCUGCAUAGAGCUCUCGGUACCCACCACUGCAAAUGGGACAAGAAUUUCUGAGCCAUCUCAGAUUUUCUUAAAAACCUGCAGUUACUAUCUAUUUACCAAUAGAAAAUACGAGGAGGAAAACAUGAUCUCAGUAGAUCAGAUCUUGCUGUUGUCUAGGUCACCAGCAGCAAGGCUGGGUUUCCAGCCCUUGUGAUGUUUCCCUAAAGGAUUUUUCCUCUCUCAGGUAUCAGGCUGUACAUCAUUUCUUUCCAUCACUACUAAUUGUUUUCUGUAAGAGUUGGUAUAGUAGAUUGUUUUAUUUAACUGUAUUCCUGGCUUUCAGAAAAAACAACCUCAGUCAAAUCUCUUUUCUCCUAGAGGACUACUGGAAUAAAGUAAAUCAUAUAAAGUCUUAUAAAGUCAACAAGUAAUUUUUUUUCAGGGCCAAAGAUAAACCUCAUAUGCAAGCCAUUAACAUGCCCAGACUAGCUUCUGCAAGGUGUCUGUGCAUGUGUUUAAUCUGAGGCUCUGAGACACACCAUGGAAAUCAAGGGGGAUAUCUGCAAUGUGAAGAAUUAAGUCUAAGUUUGUAUCAACUUAACAAAAAAAGGCCAAAAUAUUAUAUAGGAAAGUGAUUUCUGUUACAUGAAGUAUAGAGUACACAAUGCUUUAAUAAUUGCUUAAAGAAUUCCUUGACUCCUUAAGAUUUACCAUCUUAAUUUUUCAGUUUUAUGUGUCUAUAUGGAGUAUGAAUCAGCACAAAUAUGGCUUAAAUAAAAAAAAAAUAACUCAUCCACAUGUGGAGGAGAGAAGCAGAUGGGGAGUUCUUUCUAUUCUGCUGAUAAGGAAUGACCUGGCAGCAAACAGCAAAUAAAACAGAAAGAAAAACAAGUAGAUGGUAUGGAAGACCAGGAAGAUGGAGAUAGUAUGCAAGGGAUAAAGAAAGUGUUUGAAGUAACAGACGAAAUGGCUGCAAGGUAGCAGAGGUACCUUUUGUGAGAAAGAGUAGGCAGAUGGGAGACACAAUAGUAUGAAUUAAGAUGUGAAAUUCACAAGUUUCAUGAACAAUUUUUCACUGUUAAAGAUAAGCCUUUUCUUCCCAGCCAACAGCAACAAGGAAAGGGCUGUGAGAGGACUCAGGCUGUGCCAGGGACUGCUACCAGGCAGGGGUUUUGACCCUGAUCUACAGUCCUUGCCUGAAUUUGUAGGGAUUGUGCUUCUGUUCAUUCAGGGUCCUUGGAAAACAGCAGAUCUGUGUUCUGACCAAAAGACUUGGUAGUAUCAAGCUCCCAGUACACUGGAUCACUAAGAGUGUAGUGAGUAAGGGGAGUUUCUCAAACCUGACCUUUGCUGGGAUUCCUGUAAAGGCUCUUCUCCACUG